GCACAAAAUCAACAGUUUUGGUGCACAUUCCUUUCAGCACUAAUCAAAAUUCAUUUACUUGCGAUAUUUCUUGCUCUAAUAUUUAGCGAUACUUUCCACAUAAUGAUCGAUAGCAUCGAUAUCUCAUCGCUAACAGCUGCACGUGUAUGAGAAACAAGCAACAAAUGUUUACCGAAAUAUAAACAUGGGCAAAAAGGUGUACAAUGCCAAAGCGCGACGCAAUCCUCAAACAAUUGUCGACAACUCGACUGUAAAGAGCAUCAAAAUCGUCGUCGAGGAUGAGAUCCACAGCAACAGCUCCAUUCCCACAGGCUAUGACGAGGCCAAUGCUUUGGCUUUGCCCUCACAGAAGCGGGCAACGAAAAUCAAAGUCGAACAUCGACAAAAUGUGAAAAUACUAACAAAGAAGCAGCGCAAACAUUUGCAAUCUAUUGUCGAUAAGAAGAAGAAGAAGGAGGGCCGUGCCCAAUUGCUGGAAGAUUUGGCAGCUGUGCAAAUACCGGAGGCUGAAUUGCAACAAUAUACAUCCAUAAGUCAGGUGCAAACUGUUGGACUAAAGCGAUUGCACACGCUUGACGAAUAUUUGGCAAAGAAAAAGGAGCGUCAAACGCAACAGUUGAUUGAAAAGGAUCAGGAGACUCGUAGCGUACGACGUGUAAAUGCGCUCAGAGGUAGCAAGAGGAAGCUGCUCAACGAGGAGCGGGAGGAGCUUGAAGCCAAGCGCAUGAAUCCAAAUAUAGUGAAUGCCGAGGAAUCAGAGGAUGAUGAUGACGAUGACGAAGACGAAGAGGAGGAGGAAAAGAUAAGCGAAGAACAAGCUGAGCUGCCAGCUAAAGUCGAGCAACAGCAGCCGGCUACUAAUGAGGAACUUGCUCUUAAGCUGCAGCCAGCUAAGCCCGCGCCAGCAGCUAAAUUUAAAACUGAAUCGAAAGCAGCUCCCUGUCCUGCUGUCGCACCAACCCCUGUUCACAAAACAGUUUAUGUGCCUGUAAACCGAACAGCUGAGGUGCAGGCAGCACGUCUACGUCUGCCCAUACUUGCUGAGGAGCAGCAGGUGAUGGAGCUUAUCAAUGAGCAUCCAAUUGUUAUAAUCGCUGGCGAAACUGGAUCCGGCAAGACGACGCAAAUUCCACAGUUUCUAUACGAAGCCGGCUAUGCGCAGCAUAAGAUGAUUGGCAUAACCGAACCACGUCGCGUAGCUGCCAUAGCAAUGUCGCAGCGUGUGGCUCAUGAAAUGAAUUUGCCAAGCAGCGAGGUCUCCUAUCUAAUACGCUUCGAGGGUAACGUUACGCCAGCGACUCGCAUCAAAUUCAUGACUGAUGGCGUGCUCUUAAAGGAGAUCGAAACAGAUUUUCUGUUAAGCAAAUAUUCCGUGAUUGUGCUCGAUGAGGCGCACGAGCGCAGCAUCUAUACGGAUAUAUUGGUUGGACUGCUCUCACGGAUUGUGCCGCUGCGUAACAAGCGCUCCAAUCCACUCAAGCUAAUCAUCAUGUCCGCCACGCUGCGCGUCAGCGAUUUCACGGAGAAUGUUAGAUUGUUUAAAGUGCCGCCGCCUCUGAUCAAAGUGGAGGCGAGGCAAUAUCCGGUUACUAUACACUUUCAAAAGCGUACGCCAGAGGAUUACGUAGCGGAGGCCUUUAAGAAAACUUUGAAGAUCCACUCACAGCUGCCUGAGGGUGGCAUCUUGAUCUUUGUUACAGGACAGCAGGAGGUGCAGCUGCUGGUGCGGAAGUUGCGUAAGGCUUUUCCCUGUGAGCACCGGGAACAAAAGCAGGAGCAGGAGCAGAAGCAGCAGCAGCCAGAGAACGAGGAGGAGCAAGAGCUGGAGCAACAAUUUGAUAUGAAGCGCACAAUACGAAAUUUGCGUAAGUCAAAGCGCAAAUUCUUGUCCCGCAUUUCGUUGCCUAAAAUCAAUUUGGAUGACUAUAAGCUGCCAGGCGAUGAUACCGAGGCAGAUAUGCAUGAGCAGGCAGAGCUACAAGAGCAGGAUGAUGAUGAUGAGGAGGAGGAAGAGGAGCAACAGGAUGCCGAUAACAUGGCUAAUCUUGAAAGUACGUCAACCAAACAACCUCUGUGGGUGCUGCCACUUUAUUCGCUGCUCUCGUCGGAGAAACAGCAACGCAUCUUUCAGCCAGUGCCCGAUGGGUGUCGCCUCUGUGUGGUGGCCACCAACAUAGCGGAGACAUCUCUGACCAUACCCCAUAUCAAAUACGUUGUGGAUUGUGGCAGGCAGAAGUCAAGGCUUUACGACAAGCUAACUGGAGUCAGCGCCUUUGUGGUGACACACACGUCAAAAGCGUCAGCGGAUCAGCGAGCUGGACGAGCGGGUCGCAUAAGUGCUGGACAUUGUUAUCGCCUCUACUCGAGUGCCGUGUACAAUGACGUCUUUCCGGCCUUUAGUCAACCGGAUAUACAACAGAAACCCGUCGAGGAUUUGAUGUUGCAGAUGCGUUGCAUGGGCAUCGAUCGAGUGCUCCACUUUCCCUUUCCCUCGCCGCCAGAUCAAGUGCAACUGGAGGCAGCCGAACAGCGACUGCGUGUGCUCGGCGCCUUAGAGUCGGAGGCUGUCGAGAACAAUCCGCCAGCUGUUACCCAACUGGGCAAAGUUAUCUCACGCUUUCCAGUCGCUCCACGCUUUGGCAAGAUGCUAGCCUUGUCCAAUCAGCAGCAGCUGCUGCCCUACACAGUUUGUCUGGUUGCUGCGCUCUCUGUGCAGGAGCUGCUCGUCGAGCGGGGCGUGCAAAGGGAGGAGGAUAUGGCGCCCAUCUCGAACAAGUAUCAUCAGCGACGCCUCAGCUGGGCAGCCAGUGGCAAUUACAAGUUGUUGGGUGAUCCGAUGGUGCUCCUGCGGGCUGUGGGUGCAGCCGAAUAUGCGGGCAGUCAAGGCAAACUGGAGGCGUUCUGUGUGGCCAAUGGUCUGCGCUUGAAGGCCAUGAGUGAGGUGCGGAAGCUGCGCAUUCAGCUAACUAACGAGAUCAAUCUGAAUAUAGCCAAUGUGGAGCUGUGCGUGGAUCCGCAGCUGAAACCGCCAACUGAUGCACAAGCUCGAUUCUUGCGUCAAAUCCUGCUCGCCGGAUUGGGCGACCGAGUGGCGCGCAAAGUGCCGCUUGAGGAGAUUAGUGACAAGGAGGAGCGUCGCAGGCUUAAGUACGCCUACAACUGUGCCGACAUGGAGCAGCCGGCAUUUCUGCACUCCUCCUCGGUGCUGAAACAAACGCCGCCCGAUUGGAUCAUCUACCAGGAGGCCUACGAGAUACAGAACGGAGAUAGCCAAAAGAUGUUCAUACGUGGAAUUACGGCCAUUGAACCGGAAUGGCUGCUCCGCUACGUGCCGCUCCUCUGCAACGUGCGACAGGUGCGCGAAGAUCCAGCGCCGCGCUAUGACCAAACCAAAGGACACAUCUAUUGCUUUGUGGAUGCCACAUUUGGCAAGGCAGGCUGGGAGCUGCCUCUGGGCGAGCAACAAAUGCCGCUCAAUGAGAAGACCUGCUGCUACUUUGGAAUGUUCCUGCUGGAUGGAUUGGUCUGUCCUGCUUUGGCUGCCUUCAAGCCGAAGCUGAAGUCGACGCCCGCCUCGCUGAUCAAGAGCUGGUCGAGUCUGAACGACAAGGUGCUGCGCUUCAAGCGAGCUCUGAUCAAUAAGCAAAUCCACACGCGGCAAACGCUCUUCGAUCAGUGGCAGAUCGAGCCCAAUUUUCUCUUGGAGGAGUACCAGCAGCUGCUCUACGAUGUGGCGCUCAGCGAGUUGACGCCUAUUUGGCCACCGACUAAAGUGGAUGCAGCUGCCACUUGAAUCAUAUUCUCAUCCAUUUUCCACCUGUUUGCGUGUGUUUGUAAAUAUAUAUUUUAAUAUAUAUAAUAAAC